AAAAAAAAGUCUUUCCACUAGUCGCGGUGGUUGUGCCCAAUCAGUUGGAUAUAUUUUCGUCCCUGCUGUAGUUCGUGGGGAAAUAAAAAUGCGGUUGAAAGAGAAAAACACGGAGAAAACUCCAGAAUCAGAAGGCUUCAAGAAUAAGGUUUCCAAGCAUAAACUACAAAGAUCAAACAAGAUGCAGAGAUCCAAUAAAACUCUUGGUCAUGACCCUUCACAAUGCAAGUCUGCACAGAGGAACAGAGUUACAUUUCAGAAACCCCUCGCAACUGGGAUUUCAGCACACAUAGAGAACUGCAUGGAGACUGCCAUUCUGUCAGUAGUCGGUAGAAAAGUUGCCUUACGUCAGUCUGUACAAGAACAGUUAAUUUUCUUCAAGAAGAGACUUGUCCAACACUGUAAGAAUGUAAAGUUUUCCUCCACCAAAAUGGGGAAUCUGAAAAGUAUCGGUAAAAAUUUGCUAGAAGAGCAGCAGAGAAUGGGGGAAACUGAAGAAAUUCUGAAGUGCUUAGAAGUUGAGGUUGAGAAAGCAGUGGAAAAUGCCGAAACAACAAUGAAUUGUAUCACACACCUUGAAAAAAAGAUUGAGAACUUAAAGCAGUUGGAUUUUGGGAAUGACAGUCUAGAGGUAAUACACACAAACCUGGAUGCUUUUCAACUUCCAAAAGCUUCGUACCAUGCUGUGUUGAUGCAGGAAAAGGCUCAAAUGUUGAAAAACCCCAGCAUGCUGUUGAAAGAACUGCAAGUACUACAGUCAGCCACAGCUUCUUUCAACCUGAGUAGACUAAUUGAGAAAUGUCACACUGAAAUAAAUGACUUGUAAGACAAACCAGUAUCUCCAUAUUACAUUUAAUAUUUAAUUAAAUACAGUUUUGUGUAACUAAUUUUAAAAACAUGACACAAUUAUUGUGAAGCAAUAUAAAAUCCAUAUAUAUUAAAUUCUGCGUUUGUUGCCAUUUUACUUACUACAUAUGAAGCAUGUUGCUUAUUCAAUAAAAUGUUUUUAUAUGCAAGAAA